AAACCAAGUCCGUCAAGGUAGGCAGGUGAGGAGGAACAGCCUGGGUCUGGCCUCCGAGUGUCCCAGAAAGAUCGCCCGCCGGAGGGGCUUCUCGGUGAAAGUUUACACGAUCAAGCAGACUCCUCUUAGGCUCAGACUCUAUCAGGAAAGGCUCCCAGGCCUUUCGGCUGUGGACGCGCAGAAGGAUGGGUUAGGUCUGGUCAGCCCAAGAGAAUACCCAGCCGGUGCAAGUCUUCUCUUUCCUCCCCUGGGCACGGAUAAAAUAGCUCCGCCCACAUUGGAGGCGUGGUGGGAGAUACUUAGGACAGAAACGCCUAGGCCUCGGGGACUAGAGGGUCUGUCCUGGACCGUGCACCUUAAGCUUGGGGGCAGGGGUAGAAGGGAUCUGGGGUCUUAUGCAUAGCCUGGAGCGCAGUUAGACGUAGAUACCAGGUCGUGGGAUUCUGGUCCAGGAGCCUGGAGAGGGACGGUACUAAAAGGGAUUGAAGAGGGGCGGAGCCAAAAAGGACCGAACUGAAGCCCCAACGGAGAAGAGGGCGGGGUCCGGGUGGAGGGGCUGCGCCCUGGGCCGGCCUCUCCGGGCUCUGCGCCUCCCGCCUGUGGUCUCGUGAUGUUGGUCAUAAGGUCUCGAGUGCCGACUGAGCCAGCAGCUGCGGUUGGAGCAUGGCCUCGGAGCAGGAUGUGCGUGCACAGCUGCAGCGCGCUGGCCAGGAUCAUCUCCUUCGCUUCUGGGCUGAUUUGGCUCCGGAGUCUCGAGCGGCGCUACUGGCGGAGCUCGCCUCACUGGAACCCGAUGCCCUGCGUGAGCACUGCCAGCGCGCCUCGGCUGCCUGCGCGCAAGUCCCGGGUCCUUUGCCCGACCUGGAGGCGCGCCUGCAGCCCCUGCCCCCGGAACUCGUGGGCAGCGCGAUCCGCUGCGACCUAGAGACACGCCUGCGGUGGGAAGAGGAAGGUUUCCGACAGAUUGCUCUGAACAAGGUGGCUGUCCUGCUGCUGGCCGGUGGGCAGGGCACUCGCUUGGGCGUCACCUACCCCAAGGGCAUGUAUCAAGUAGGGUUGCCCAGCCAGAAGACCCUGUACCAACUGCAGGCAGAGCGGAUCCGCCGCGUUGAACAGUUGGCUGGCCAGCGACUGGGAACCCACUGCACCGUGCCCUGGUACAUCAUGACCAGUGAGUUUACACUGGGACCCACCAUCAAGUUCUUCAAGGAACAUGACUUCUUCCACCUAGACCCCGCUAACGUGGUCCUGUUCGAGCAGCGUAUGCUACCGGCUGUGACCUUUGAGGGCAAGGCCAUACUGGAACGGAAAGACAAAGUUGCCAUGGCGCCAGAUGGCAACGGUGGCUUGUAUAGUGCACUGGCUGACCACCAGAUCCUAGAGGACAUGAAGCAGCGGGGCGUGGAGUUUGUGCACGUUUAUUGUGUGGACAACAUCCUGGUGCGGCUGGCUGACCCAGCCUUCAUAGGCUUCUGUGUGCUUCGCGGAGCGGACUGUGGCGCCAAGGUGGUGGAGAAAGCAUACCCCGAGGAGCCUGUGGGCGUGGUGUGCCAGGUGGAUGGUGUCCCCCAGGUGGUGGAAUACAGCGAGAUUAGCCCUGAGACUGCUGGGCUGCGAGGGGCUGACGGGAGCUUGCUCUACAACGCAGGCAACAUCUGCAACCAUUUCUUCACCCGCGACUUCCUGGAUAUGGUCACCAGGGAGUUUGAGCCCUUGCUGAAGCUGCAUGUGGCUGUGAAGAAGGUCCCGUACGUGGAUGAGGAGGGAAAUCUGGUAAAGCCGCUAAGACCGAAUGGGAUAAAGAUGGAGAAGUUUGUGUUUGAUGUGUUCCAGUUUGCUAAGAACUUCGUUGCCUUUGAAGUAUCUCGAGAGGAGGAAUUCUCCCCACUGAAGAACGCAGACACAGCCAGCAGGGACAACCCGUCCACCUCCAGGAGAGCCUUGUUGACUCAGCACUAUCGUUGGGCUCUGCAGGCCGGAGCCCACUUCCUGGAUGUGCAUGGAGUCCAACUUCCUGAGCAGUCUGGGGAAGAGGCUCUGAGCUUUCUCCCAAAUGGAGACCCUCCAGCCCUCUGUGAGAUUUCGCCCUUGGUGUCGUACUCUGGAGAGGGGCUGGAGAAGUACCUGCAAGGCCGAAUCCUCCAGUCUCCAUUUCUUCUGGAUGAGGACCAGGCCAGGCUGCUGCAGCCACAGGAGUGCUAACCUGCUUGCUCCCAGUCUCUCCAGCCCUGGGGGUCCUCUAGAGUGCUGAUACCACUCUGGCCCAGGCUUUCAGUAGAAAUACUGGCCUGCAGGAUACGGAAGGGCGCGUGCUAGUUUACAUCACAAGGUUGGGACCUCUUGGGUCCCCCAUGGA